AUGUUUCGUGCCAUCAAGACUGUCAUGUUUUUCCUCGUCAACUUGAUCACCUUUGCGCUGAGCAGGAUCCUGUACCGCAUUCGAGGCCACGAUUCUCGACAGAUCCUCAGACACCGCGCGUUCAGGCAUUACCCAGAGCCCAGUAUCAUACUCGAAGCCCCAGAAUGUGGCCAAUCUGGCUCUCACUUACUCCCAAACCACACCUGUUUGGAUGACGGCAAAGUCGGCAAAAUGCCAGAGCUACGCUGGAGACCACCAUCCCAUCUCAAUGUCAAGCAGUAUGUUCUGGUUUGUGAGGAUCUCGAUGCACCUAUACCUUUCUCUAUCAUUACCCACGGUCUUUUCUUCGGCAUCCCACCAACCACUACCGAAGCUUUCCCCGACGAUAUUGAACAGGACAGAAAUUGCGCUGGCCGUCUUACCCUCGCAGGCUGGGGUUAUGUUCCGAACAUGAGGGGGACACCUUAUAUUGGCGCUGCAGCCCCCUUGGGCCAUGGGGUCCAUCGAUAUGUGUAUACCAUCAUAGCUCUCAACGAGCCUCUCCACUUUGACCGGCCCGAUAAGGUGACUAAACGCCAAAUUAAAAAGGCCCUUGUCGGCAAGGUAAUUGGUUGGGGUCAAUGGACCGGUCACUUUGAGAGGCCUUGGCCACGCUGA